AAUCUCAACCGGAGCCGAGACGAGAUUGCUGUAGAGGCAGAGAGAGAUAGAAGAUUGCAUUAUGGAUUUUGAUAAAAUGCUUGCAAAGUGCGGGGAUGCGGGUCGCUAUCAGUAUUUGAUGCUGCUGCUGCUCGGUUACAUUGCGUUUACCAGCACUGUACACUACUAUUCCCAGAAUAUAAUCGGAUUUGUGCCUCAACAUUGGUGCUAUCACGAUCAGCUGGCGAAUCGCAGCCCCGACGAUAUCGCCGCCAUCUAUGCUCCAUUUGGCAAGGAUGCUUCCUGCACGCGUCUGGAGACGAUCGAGUGGCUCCAAGUUGGCCAUAAUCUGACUGUGAGCAGCAAGAGUUGCGAUCGCUGGAUAUACAAAUAUGACUAUGGAUUUCGUAGCAUGAAUGCCGAGCUCAAUUGGGUCUGCGAGGAUGCGUACAAGGCUCGCAUUGGGCAGUCGAUGUUCUUUUUGGGCUCUUUGCUGGGCACCUUUUCUUUUGGCAUGCUGGGCGAUCAUAUUGGCCGCGUUCGUGUUGUAAUCUUGGCCAAUCAGUGUGGAUUUGUCGGCGAUUUUCUUACUACGUAUGCCACGAAUCUGGUUCAGUUUAGCGCCUUUCGCUGCAUCUCUGGCUUGGCUGCAACCGCCAAUUAUUAUCUCAUGUUUAUUCUAGUGCUGGAGUACUUGGCGCCCAAGUUAAGAAAUUUGGCUAUCAGUGGCACAAUUGGACUCUGUUGUUGUUUGGGCGCUUUGGUUGCGCCAUGGCUUUCUGUUUUGGCCGGCAACUGGCGAAUUUAUUUGACUUUCUCAGCGCUGCUGCAGCUGAUUGUGGCCCUCUUCUAUUUUGUGGUGCAGGAGAGCGCCCAGUGGCUGAUUACACGCAACAAUGUUGAGGGCGCCAUUGCCAGACUGAAGCACAUCGCCCAUUUUAACGGUUGCAAGGUGCUCCCCUCGGAUUUUGAAGCGUUUCGCCAAUAUUGUGCGAACAAACGCAAACAGGAUAAACAACAGCAAAAGGCAACUUUGCUGGAUCUGCUGCGAACGCCUCAUUUGCGCCAAACAGCGCUAAUUAUGGUUGUGACUUUUAUGUUGACAUCGCUGAGCUUCAAUACCAUCUCACGCAAUGUGGAGGGACUGGGACUGUCGCCAUUUGUGAUAUUCUCGCUGUUUGCAUUGGUGGUGCUGCCGUCUGGUUUUCUGCAGGGUCUGCUGCAGACUCGUCUGGGCAGAAAGGCCACCUGUUUCCUGGCGCUGUUUGCCACCAGUCUGAUGUCUUGUGCUUUGGGCAUGUCACUCGUCUACGAGGGCGAACAAUUGAAUGCAACAUUGCUGCUGGCAUUUGCACUCCCAACCCGACUGGGCAUCUCCAUGUGCUAUACGACAACCUCGCAGUACUCGUCGGAACUGUUGCCCACCUGUGUUCGCUCCAGGGGCAUCGCGACGGCUCACUUGGCUGCUGCGGCGGCUUCUUUCGCCUCACCUUAUCUAAUCCAUCUGGGCACCAAGUUUGCUGCAGGACCUCCCCUGAUUUUGACAGCGGUGCUCCUGAUUGCCGCCUUCUGUACACUCUUUUUGCCGGAAACGAAUAACAGACAAUUGCCCAUAACACUGGAGGAUGGCGAGGCAUUUGGCAGGGGCGAGUCUCUGUUGUCCUUCGAUUGCUGUCGAGCCACAAACGAUGAUGAUGACGAUGAUGAUGAUGUGCUCAAACAGCCCGCCGAGGAGCUUAAACUAAAUGCCCUCAAUGCGGGAGUGCGUAGCAGCGUCGAAGCGGAAACGGAUACGGAAGCGGAAGUAGAUGUAAUAGAAACAAGUAGAAACAGUUAGCUUUCGCAGGCUGACGCCCAGAUACCCUUGCAGAACAAAUUGAGAUUGAAAGCACAAUAAAUCACACCCAGCCCAAAAAAAAUAAAAUACCCUCUGCAAGGGUAUACACAAUAUUUAAACAAAAAAAAAAAACACAGUUUAGUUCCGAAAGUUUGUCAGUAGAUGCGAAAUUUUUGCUUUUAUUUGAUUGAGUUUUUUGGGUCACAGUAUUCGAACAUAAUAUUAAUUUAGGUGUUCCAUCAUUAUUAUUUUCUUGUUUUGUAAUGUAUAAGUAUAUAUAUAUGUAUAUAUGUUUGUAUUUGUAUGUAUGUGUGUGUGAGUGUAAACUCUUUUUAUCCUGUAAUAAUUGAUUAAUACACAUAUAUAUAUGUGUAAGUAAAGUGUCAUCGUAAAGGGGUCUGUAAACAUUUGCAUUUAACUUCUUUAUUAACUUCUUUGCCAUAAAUGUUACGGAUUCAAUUUGAACGAUUUUGGGUUUUUUUUUUGGUAUUUUUUAUUUUAAGAGCUAGAGAAAGUCUUACAUAGUACAAAAUAGAGGUCGCUUAGCCCUGUUUGAAACUCUCAAUGGAAAAAACUUGUAUAGCAAAGGGAGGGUAUGGGGCCGCAGAUUGGACUUAAACCUAGAUUAUAUAUAUAUCCAGGGCAGAAAUUGUUGAAAAUAUAUAUUUAUAUAUGUGUAUAUAUGUUUAGUGUGAGUGUGUGUUUGUUUUCUUUUUUUCUUUUAAAUUAUUUGUUGACAUUAUUAAAGGUAUCUCAUCUGUCAUCUAAUUGAAUAUAGCCAUAUCAUAUCUGCGCCUUUCCGAACCGUUUCGGACUUUGUUCGAUUUCUCGAACCAAAGCAAGCAAGAUGCCAUUUUUCUUUUCAAUAAAAAUUCGCCUUACAUAAACUAUGCAUUCAAAAGAAGUACCCCUAACUCGAACCACUUAAAAGUAUAUAUUAUAUUAUGCAUCACAGCAGUUUUUUUUUGGGAAUGGAACAAAAGUGUGCACAAAAUCUAUUCGCAAAUUCCAUAUCCCAAAUUCUGCAUGUUAGAAGAGAAAAGAAACUCUAAUAUAACGAUCUAUAGUGUUCCACAAUUUGUUUUUUUCUUGUAUAUUAACGCAACAUAUUUUUUAAAUUUUUGUUUGAAAACUUUUUGGGCGCAUAACUCUAAAGCCUGGCCUUAUUAAAUAACUCUUAUUUUUCAUUAUUUUUAUUUGUGUUUUUUUUUUUAAUCUUAGUUGUUAGAUUUGAGCACUUUUUGCAAUUGCUGUCAAAUACAAUAAGUACGUAAAUAUUUUCUGAUAUACAUAAUUACUAGAUGAUGUGUUUCUCGUCGGCGUCCCCAUCCAAUCUUUGUCUAAUCGGAUAAUUAGUUCUUGCCAUGGAUUUGGGAUCGCUUUUUUAUAACAGUUUGCGGUUCACCUUAAUGCUAGGAUUACUCUGGCUACUUAUGUAUUUAUUGUAUAUCUGUGUAUAUAACUGACUUUAUAUGUAUAUAUCGUAAUCAUAAUAUGUAUAUGUUGUAGGAUUGUAUUAGAAAUACCAUGUAAUAAACGCUAGUUCACAAUAGUUCAGUUAAAUCCAAAAAAUGCCGUAAACAGUAAAAAGGUAAAAAGAGUUCUCAUGAUUUUCUCGGUACUCCAGAGUAAAUACAACGAGGAGUUUUUAUAUAGCACCAUGUGAGUGAGUAGUGAAUGAGUAGUGUGAAUAUGAGUUAAUACGAGUUAAGGUAGUACCAAUUGUUAAAACACAAUUCACUGCAAUUUAUAUACUGUGGGUUAGUUAAGUAGAGUUAGGUUUUCAGUUAGAUUAGGGUCCUCCACUUUCGGGUUAAGUAAAAAAAUAUACAUGUGUUGUGUUAGUACUACAUUGAACAAUAGAGCAACAAUAAAUAAACUACUUAUGCUUUACAUACAUUUACUAUGAUUAGGUUAUCAAUAUUUAUUAGUUAUGUUUUUUUUUUUUCAUUAAAUCAUUCAUAAUAACAAUAUUAUCCGGCUGUGUAAGUAAGUAUUAUCCUUCUAUAUGCUAUAUGCUAUAUGCUAUAUGCUAUAUGCUACUAAAUACCAUUUAUUUUUUAGUUUUGCAAUAAUUGCUGCUUAUUGUUUGACUUUUAUAUAUCAUAAUCUGAUUUUGAUGUCGAGAAACAUUCGAAUGCCCACAUUUACACAAUAGUAAUAUCUGAAUAUCAUUCAAUCCCUGUGGGCACUUUCAUCAUCAUCGAAUUUGGUGUGUUUGUGUGUGUGUGUGUUUCGAAAACAUUCAUUGAGUAUAAAAGACAAGCGGUAUUUAGGCAA